CAGAAACGUUUCCUUUCACAGAGAAGGCAGUACUCAUGGUUAGAAACUGAUCGGCGAGCAGAUCUCGUUGACGGUUCUCCACUGCCCUGAUGCUGCGCUACCAGAAAUAAAGCCGACCGCAGAUCAGCUUUCUAGCAAAACUCGAGCGCUCUGAGGAAGAGGACGAGCACCGGCGACGAACCGCGAGACAAACCAACAUGAAGGACACAUCAGAGGGCGUGCAGCCAUGGUGCUGUGUCGCCUCCUCCUGCGCCUCCUCUUUGUCUUCCUUCUUCUCUUCUCCCUUUCUAUCCUCUCCUUUACCUCCCUGUCACCGAACUCCACCCGCAGAAAUCCUCUCCUCCAGACCCUCCCACCUGCUGUGGCUGCAGCAGGCCCGAUCCUGGAGGACCGGCCCUUCAUUGUGGUGUGGAACAUGCCUACGUCACGCUGUCAGAAACGCUAUAACAUCCACCUGAACCUGGGAGACUUUGAUAUCGUGGAGAAUCGACAGCAGAGAUUCCAGGGACAGAAAAUGACCAUCUUCUACCGUGAUCGCUUGGGGAAAUAUCCAUACCUCUCCCGAGAUGGCAGAAAGGUGAACGGAGGAAUACCGCAGCUUGGCGACCUUGCAGCUCACCUAGCCCUAACAGUGACGCAGAUGUCCGGCUUGCUGCAGCCAAACUUUACAGGUUUAGCCGUUAUCGACUGGGAGGAAUGGCGGCCACUGUGGGAGAGAAACUUUGGAUCCAAGAUGGUAUACCGGAAGCUGUCCAAGGAGCUGGUGAGACAGGAGAGGCCGGAUUUGUCAGACAGGGCUGUCAAAUUAAUGGCGAGGCAGAAGUUUGAGGAAAGUGCUCGGAAGUUCAUGGAGGAGACGCUGCGGUCUGUGGUCACAGAUCGUCCCAAGGGCCUCUGGGGAUUUUAUGGUUUUCCUGCCUGCUUUAAUCAGCAGAAGAGAAAGACAGAUGAGAGCUAUACAGGACGCUGUCACAGAGGGACGAGACAACAAAAUGACCGACUGUCCUGGCUCUGGCAACAGUCCACUGCUCUCUAUCCUAGCAUCUACCUGCCACAGAGGCUGGCAGGGUCGAUGGACGCAGCUCUGAUGGUCAGACACAGAGUGCUGGAGGCUUUGAGGGUGGCGUCUCUUUGGCGCCAUAAUACUGACCACAUCACACCAGUUCUUUCCUAUGCCAGGCUGGCAUUCACACGCUCUCUCACCUUUCUCAAUAAGACAGACCUGAUGCAUACACUAGGGGAGAGUGCAUCAUUGGGAGCCGCUGGAGUGGUGCUGUGGGGAGAGCUGAAAUUUGCCAAGUCCAAGCAUCAGUGCAUCCUUCUCAGAGACUACAUCCAAACCGUUCUGGGUCCCCUCGUACGAUCGCUGAGGUCCGACACCCAUCGCUGCAGCCUGCAACUCUGCCACGGCAACGGGCGCUGCUCUAGGCAACAACUCAGCUCUGGUCACAUGGUUUCUUCAGGUCUAGCUCAUGACUCCUCCAGGGUCAAACAUUUUCACAGCUACUUCAUGUGUCAGUGCUACCCAGGAUGGACUGGGCGGGAGUGUCAAGAGAAGACCAUGGACAAAAACAGACGGAAGAGCAAGUAACCCAAACUUUUCUGUCAGGAUGUUGUCAGUCGAUGUCCAUGGAAAUUUCAGUAGAUGUGAGGUGUUCACAUCAUUACUCUUAAU